AUGGCAUUCCUCUUCAAGUCAAAGAAGAACCAGCAGGCUUCUGGCCUACCUCCCGCAACGAGAAACAUCCAUACAUCUGAAGGAGCACCACCCGGCUCUGGAGCUGUGGUAAACGGGCCGAAAGAUGGAGCAGUUAUUUCUCAGACGCCAACGCCGAGCAGCAGUUAUAAUAAUUCUUUGAAUUCGGUCAAUAGCGCUAGCAGUCCGGAUCAGCAGCGCCCGCGACAACGAGCAGAGUCCGAGUCUCAGGCCCAGCGCGCUCACCAACCUACACCCGGCAGCAAUUCACCGAACUCGAGUCCUGGCGCAUCCCUAUAUCCGUGGUCGCAGCGACGCCUGAAUUUUUCGUCGCCGCAAGCAAACCCUUUUCCUCGAUAUGGCGCGGCAAUCAACGCAGUUGCUUCAAAGGAAGGUGACAUAUACAUGAUGGGUGGACUGAUAGAUGGAUCGACUGUCAAAGGGGAUCUUUGGAUGCUGGAAAGCAGUAGUGGAAAUCUUUCUUGUUUUCCAAUAGCAACCGUCUCGGAAGGGCCAGGGCCCCGUGUGGGCCACGCGAGCUUGUUGGUAGGAAACGCCUUUAUCGUCUUCGGUGGUGAUACCAAAGUGGAUGAAACGGACACUCUGGAUGAUACGCUCUACCUUCUCAAUACUUCAUCUCGGCAAUGGUCGCGUUCGAUACCGCCCGGUCCUCGACCUACUGGACGAUAUGGCCAUACCCUCAACAUCCUCGGUUCAAGGCUAUAUGUCUUUGGAGGGCAGGUCGAAGGGUACUUUUUCAAUGAUCUGGUCGCUUUUGAUCUGAACCAACUACAGAACCCAAACAACAAGUGGGAGUUGCUUAUCAAGAACAGCCAUGAAGGCGGACCGCAGCCCGGUCAAAUACCCCCUGCAAGAACUAACCACACCAUUGUCAGUUUUAAUGAUAAACUGUACCUAUUCGGAGGAACGAACGGAUUGCAAUGGUUCAAUGACGUUUGGUCCUACGAUCCCCGCGCGAACAGUUGGAGUGAGCUUGAAUCCGUCGGAAUUAUUCCAGCUCCUCGUGAAGGGCAUGCGGCAGCCCUUGUCAAUGAUGUGAUGUACAUCUUCGGUGGCCGCACCGACGAAGGUAUCGACCUCGGCGACCUUGCGGCGUUUCGGAUAUCUACCCGACGUUGGUUUUCCUUCCAAAAUAUGGGCCCUGCUCCUUCUCCUCGGUCCGGACAUAGCAUGACAGCUUUUGGCAAGCAAAUCAUCGUUUUAGCGGGCGAACCUAGUUCUGCCCCCAGAGAUCCAGUGGAACUUAGCACUGCUUAUCUUCUUGAUACGACCAAGAUCCGGUAUCCGAAUGAGACCCAAAAUGGCACGGCAGUACCGGCCACGGGCCCCAAAAAAAUAAGUCCUGGAGACAAGCCGGGCCCACCCUCUGGCCGAACAAGCCGCGAAGCCCAGAAUCUACCUCCAGAUCAGCUCCGAAGGGGUCAAAUGCCUUCUCGAGAGAGUAUGGUCAGUCCCCCAAAUCGGCCCCUGGAGAUUGGACCUGGAAGUGGCCCAGGGUCUCGGCUGCCGCGAGCAUCUAUUGCGCACGCCCCUUCCGGCCCUCCACCACCGGGGCAGGCUCCCACCCCAGGGCCGAGGGGCCCGACGCCGCAAAACCUCAUGAACUCUAGAAGCAAGACGCCCCCAAAACAAGAGCGUGGGUUUGGCGGCCCUCCUAUCGACACCGCCCGGGCCAUGAUCGGCGAUAGAGACAAAGAAUCAGCACCAAAAGACUCCCCCCAAGAUUAUAGACCUGCACAAGAAUCGAAUGGUCAGCGAACACCCACCCAACAGUCAUCCCGUAUGUCAGCUCGGGCGAUGGAAGCUGGCGAAGCUGCUCCCCUAAUGGCGCCGGCUCGCCAGCGCUCAUUACGCCAGCGACAGCGCAGCUCGUUGGAUAGCGCGGACGAAUCUAUUCUCGGCCGACACGCAAGUAUCGAUGGUUCAAUAGACUCCCGGGGCUACAGAAACUCCAGAACCGGAGACGAACCACGAUCGCCUCGAUUAACCGCCCACCAGGAGGUUUUGGUUAAAGAACUUGAAGCAUUGAGAAGCCGGAAUGCAUGGUAUGCAUCGGAGCUUGCCUUGGCCAAGAAAGCUGGAUACUCUCCUAAUAUUUCGUCAAACUCUGUUUUGGAUGAACGCACAGCGGACGCUUUUGCGGACGAGGAUCGCCCCUUAAUCGAGGCUUUCCUCACCAUGAGAGCAGAAUUAGCGAAAAUGCAAGCAACCGUGGACCGGCAGGCCGCUAUUGCAUCCAAGCGCGUUGCAGAGGUUGAGCAGCAGAGAGAUAUUGCGGUCAAUGAAGCCGCUUAUGCUCGCGCUAAGCUUGCUGCACACGGUGGAAGUCAGCAGAGCACCCCAUCAUUGGAUGGGCAUUCUCAAGACCUUGAUAAGGCGGCGUCUGAGCGUACGACAGAUUUAAGCCGCAGACUGGCCUUGGCCCUUGCAUCGCAGAAUGAACUCAAGGCAAAGCUGGAGGUGAUUACUGCUGAUUUUGACCAGGAGAAGCGUGGAAGAGAAUUGGCCGAGGAGACAGCGGAAGCCACAAGGAGACGGCUGGCUGAGUUGGAGAUGCAAAACAACCCUCUGGAAACGGAAAGCCUGCGUGCCCAGCUCCACCAGAUUGAAGCAUCGCUCAGGGAGGAGUCCAUGUUACGAACUGAAGCUGAAUCGUCCUUAAAGCAGCUGGUUUUGGAUAAGGAGGAGCUGUCGAAGAGACUUGAAGAUUCUUCUGGUCGUCUGAAGGACUUUGGUGAAAACAUUGGUACACUUCGAGAAGCGGUAACUGCGUCUUCUAACAAGGCCGCUGUAUUGGAGAAGCAAUUGGAUGAGGAGCGUGAGCGUCGAGAAAGCUUAGAAAGGAAAUUGCUGCAACUUCGGUCUGAGCACGAAGAACGAACGGCCGAGCUAGAGAAUGCUACCCGUCGCCUUCGAGACGCGGAAGAAUUGGCCGAGAUUCAUGCUAGGGAAGCCGAAACUCACAAGAACGCAUUCCUUUCUGGUCUUGACCGAGCUUCGUCAUUCGAUUCGGAGACGUCAGUACGCUCACUGGUGGACCAACGAGUGGCCAGCUCCGAAGCACAGGUGGAGAGAGCGAAUACACUUGCAAAGGCCAGUCAAGCUGCUGCGGACGAAGCAGCGGAAAAGUUGAGGCGUGCAGAGGAGAGAAUUGCAGGCCUAGAGGCAUAUCAGGAACAGGCGAGCAGGGAAGGCUUGCAGCUCCGAAGACAGCUCCAGGCUGCGCUGAAGGAUAGCCAGACGUACACAGCAGAGAACCGUGAGCUGAAGUCGAAACUUGAAGCCCACCAGAGGGAGGCCGGUGCGCUGGCCGUGCAACACACUGCUUUGAAGGACCUCCUUGGCGAGCGUGGUGUCAACUACAAUGACAGUCGACGCUCUCCUCGCAUUGAAUCGCCCGGCUCGCGAUUUGGUACUCCUGAGCAAAGCCGCCUUCGGGAACUGGAGCAACAGCUCUCCACCAGUCUCAAGGCCCAUGAUGAGUUGAAGUCCUCCUUUGAAACUCGAGAACAAGAAGCCGACCGCGCCUACCGCGAGAAGUUAGAGCAACUCGAGAAUGAUUACCAGUCCGCUGUCCACUACGUCAAGGGGACCGAAAAGAUGCUCAAGCGAAUGAAGGACGAGCUUACGCGGUACAAGUCCCAGAACGCCAAGAUCCAGUCUGAGUUAGAAGUGGCUCAGGCUCGAGCUUCCGACGGGCCAUCUGAAGCACCGGCAGAAUGGGAAGCCGAACGCGCCCAGCUUCAGAAGUCAAUCGCCGACCUACAGCAAGAUACAUCAAUUUCCAUUGCGCAUCUCGAGGAGCAAGUCGCUACUCUGAAGGAAAGCCUUGUUUCUACUGAGGAAGAGAAGGCCAAAUCUCAUACAGAGUAUGAGUCAAUGAAGCAAGAGCUGCUGGCGGUCACCGAGAAGACCCGCUCCGAGCUGGAGCAACUCAAGCAAGAGAAUUCCUUACUGGAGACUCGGGCCGUGGACGCUGAGCAAAAGGUUUCCAUGCUCCUGGAUCAGGUUGAAGCCUCAGUUGGGCAUUACCGUCGGCAGUCACAGCACGGACAAGGUGCCAACGGCAUUUCUCGUACCCACAGCAAUGCCUCUAGCGGCACCAUUGGUGCUGGUACUCGUCGAUCAAGGGCCAACAGCGCAGUGUCGCAGGAUGACACUUUCCUUGACAAUCGUGGAUCAAUGGCUCUCGAUUCACUGGCUAAUGAGCUCGAAGCCCUUCGAACACACUGGGAGAGUACGAAUCGCAGCUACCGAUUGAGUACCCAGUCGGACUUUGAUCGAACACCGACCAAAGAAUCAGGGUUGAGCGAUAGCCUUGCAGAAUGGAGGCGACGAUUGGACGAAGAAGAAGCGCGAGAGACCUCCCCUGACAAGAGUACGCCUCGCAAUGCCGCCGAGGGGCAUGCAGCAGCGAAUAUGAUUUGA